CCGCCCCAUCCCUCCCCGCUGCCGGUGCCGCCUCCGGUGGCCGCUCGGUGCAUCAUCUCCCCGCCCCGCCGCUCUACCCGCAGCGCAUCGCUCCCUCCUCCCGUCCCCUCCCCAUGGCGACAGCGGACGCUGCAUCCCCGGCCCCGGCAGGCGAGCAGCGCCCGGAGCGCUCCGACAGCAACAGCGGCACCGCGGCGGACGGAGCAGCGGCAGCAGCAGCGGCAGGACGAGCAGCAGCAUCGGGAGGAGGAGGAGGAGGAGGAGGAAGCAGCGGUUCGCUGGAGCUGGCUGCAGCUCGGCGGCGCCUGGUGGCUGCGGAGUGCCGUCGGAGAGCUGCGGCGGAGCUGGAGGGCCGCGUGGUGCAGGUGCAUUGCGCUCUGCGACACGCCGAGCUGCGCCUGGCAGCCCGAGCCGAAGCUUUGAGCCGGCUGGGGAGCAGCGUGGCACAGGCUCAGCUGGCGCUGGCCGCGCAGGGGCAGCGUUUGCAGAAGGGGCUUCGCCGCCGCCCUCGCCCCCGGCCCGGUGCUCUGCUGGCUGCGGCCAGAGCGCUCCGAAGCUGCGUGCCCUGGGCGGCUGGGAGAGCGCGGAGACCAUCCGUGCACACCCCCAGCAGGAGGCUGCCCGCUGCUCCGCGCAGCCCUGCUUAGAAAUAGGGGACGGGGGUGUUUUGGGGGGCUGAGGGCUUCGUGGGAACGCUGUGGGUAUAGGGGGACCCAGCGGGGUCUGGGGACUGUGAGUGUGCCCGAUGGGUUGGGUGCUGUGUGUUGGGGGGAUGCUAGAGGGGUUCUGUGGGUUUUGGGGUCCAGCAAGGCUUGCUCUGGUGGGGGGAGCCCGUAGAGUGAGGGGAGAAUCCAGCGGGGUCUGGAGUCCUUAGAGGUGGCUUAAUGGGGCUGGGAUGCUUGGAGUUCCUUAAGGGGCUCGGUGGGAUCGGGGCAUUCCAGGGUACUUAGCAGGGUCUGGAACCUUGGGGUGCCCUGAAGAAUGGGGGUGAAGGGGUCCCUGGGGGACUCUGUGGGGUUUGGGAUGCUUGAAGGACACAGAAGGGUUUUGGUCCUUGAGUGCGUGGUGGGGGGACCCAGCAGGUCUGGGGAGCUCUGUGGGGUCGGGGGAUCCUGCAGGGCCGGGGGUUUCCCUGGAGGAUUGCAGGGUCUGGGGGCAACGAAGGGGAACCUGCUGCCGGCACCCCCCAGAAGCAGCAGCCGCAAUGGGGCUGAGCCCCUUCCCCACCCGAACCUGACAUCGGGACAUGAGUGCUGACAUUCAACCUGAGUGCGGCCCCAUGAAGGGGCUGGGGGCCGCCCCACACCCAGCAGCCCCAGGUUGGGUUUCGGACUGUGCAUCCUGGGAGGGCUGGGAGCAAAGAGGAGCGAUGCUGAGCCUACAUGGAUCCUGCGAGGCUCAGCGGGAUGGCUGGGACUGCUCCGGUCGCCAUCAGGCGGAUGAUGCUCAGAACUGGAAGCGUGGGGACACGUUGAGAACAAGCAUCCUUCAGGCGCCCCAAUGUCACCCUUAGAGCGUCCUUGAGGACUCAGGGGAGGCUCGGAGUUGAGCUCAGGACCGAGCAUGGCGCUUUCUAAGGCCCCCCCACCCCCCCGCACCCCCCGCCCUUGAGCCGGCCUUGGGAUGGAGGGUUGGGGCACAGCAGUUCCGUCCCCAUCCCGCUGGAAUCGCUGCUUCACCGCACCGCGCUUCCUCCCGCUGCAGCUUUCCCCCGAUCGCAGCUCGGCUUUGGCGUCGCUUUUUCGAUGAUGAUUUUGUAAUUUAAAGAACAAAAACCUCCUCUGUUUUGGGGGAGGGGGGCGGGGGGUGGAUCUCACUGACUGAUGAAUGUACCUUCCUGUGACACAGCGGGUCUGUUGUGUGUGCUUUGCUCUGCAGGUGCUGUGCUGUCCCUGCCUGGAGGGGCGAUGCAGAAGUAAACUUUGAUAUCAUCCACUCA